CUCACGGGGGCCAGGUCUCAAUUGCUGGACGCUGUACGGGAGAGUACAAGUGGGUCUUGCCACCUCGGAGCUGCCCGGCGCCUCAGCGGGCUGGAGCGGGAGAGCGCGUCCUGUGGCGGCGGCCGCCGGCUUGGGGCGGGACGGGAGCCCCCUCGGAGGGGGCAACCGCGGGAGAACCUGCUGCGGCCGAACGGUAAAAAUAAGUGACUAAAGAGUACAUCUGGGAGUCAUCUAACAUGUCAAGGAGAAGAUUUGAUUGCCGAAGUAUUUCAGGCUUGCUAACUACGAUGCCUCAAACUCCAAUGAAAAUGGAAAACUUUAAUAAUUUUUAUACACUUACAUCUAAAGAGCUAGGAAGAGGAAAAUUUGCUGUGGUUAGACAGUGCAUAUCAAAAUCUACUGGCCAGGAAUAUGCUGCAAAAUUUCUGAAGAAGAGAAGAAGAGGACAGGAUUGUCGAGCAGAGAUUCUACAUGAGAUAGCUGUGCUUGAACUGACAAAGUCCUGUCCCCACGUGAUUAAUCUUCAUGAAGUCUAUGAAAAUACAAGUGAAAUUAUUUUGAUAUUGGAAUAUGCUGCAGGUGGAGAGAUUUUCAACUUGUGUUUACCUGAGCUGGCUGAAAUGGUCUCUGAAAAUGACAUUGUCAGACUCAUUAAACAAAUACUUGAAGGAGUUUAUUAUCUACAUCAGAAUAACAUUGUACACCUUGAUUUAAAGCCACAGAAUAUAUUAUUGAGCAGCAUAUACCCUCUUGGGGACAUAAAAAUUGUAGACUUUGGAAUGUCUCGAAAAAUAGGGAAUGCAUGUGAACUUCGGGAAAUCAUGGGAACACCAGAAUACCUAGCUCCAGAAAUCCUAAACUAUGAUCCUAUUACCACAGCAACUGAUAUGUGGAAUAUUGGUAUUAUAGCAUAUAUGUUGUUAACUCAUACAUCCCCAUUUGUGGGAGAAGAUAAUCAAGAAACAUACCUCAAUAUUUCUCAAGUUAAUGUAGAUUAUUCAGAAGAAAUGUUUUCAUCAGUUUCACAGCUGGCCACAGACUUUAUCCAGAGCCUUUUAGUAAAGAAUCCAGAGAAAAGACCAACAGCAGAAAUCUGCCUUUCUCAUUCGUGGCUACAGCAAUGGGACUUUGGAAACUUGUUUCAUCCUGAAGAAACUUCCAGUUCCUCUCAAAGUCAGGAACAUAUGAUAAGGUCCUCGGAAGACAAGACUUCUAAAUCCUCUUGCAACGGAACUUGUAGUGACCGAGAAGACAAAGAGAAUAUCCCAGAGGAUAGCAGCAUGGUUUCCAAAAGAUUCCGCUUUGAUGACUCAUUGCCCAGUCCCCAUGAACUCGUUUCAGAUUUGCUCUGUUAGCACUUUUCUCUUUGACUUAUUUGGACUGAAUUUGAAAUCCACUCUAGUGUGAGAUUGUGGUUUGUAGCUUCAUAUGUGGUAUGUUUAUAAUGUAAAUGCACUUUUGCAUAGAAUUUAGGGAAAUGUUUUAAUGCUAAAUUACUAGUUACUAGCAUAAUUUCAUUUCCUAUCUUUAGAUCUCAAUUCUGCACAGAAGAAAAUAUUUAAAUAUAUGACAAAAAAUAAAA